UUCAUUUGGAUGCCAUAAGCGUGCUCUUCUGCUGUGCCCUGCUCGGUUUGUGUUUAUCGAUCACCGGUGCAUACGGGCGGACGGAGAGAGGGAUUACUUUGCGUCGGGUGUGCAAUACACGGAUCCGCCCUAAACUAUAUAGGCUACCUCGGGUUUAUUUAUAGGGUGUCGCGGGACCGUUAGGCUCGGGUGUGGUGUGAUGUGAAUAUCGCAGGAUACAGGAAUGGAUACACGGGCCACACCUGUGCGUCAGAUUCGGUCGGACAGGUGCGUUACCUGUGGACCUCUUGGAGAGCACCGGGCACAGAUGCGCAGCAUUGGGCAUCAUAACAUCCCAGUGAUGGCGUUGUGACCAUUGGAUUUAACAAAGACCCUAUGGGGCAUCGGCAUAUGCAGUGCGCACCUUUGAUAUCGAAGCUUGGAUUUAAAGCAUCGAAACACACUGGAUUCUGUUCGGACUGGACCGAGCCUGCAGCGUUUUAUUCGUGCGUGUUUGCCCUAGAGAAGAGUGCGUGCGGGUGUGUUUUCGAGACAAAGACCCUGUGCGCACCGAGUGGAUGUGACGCGCACCGGUAAAACAAACGCGCUAUGGACGCGGUUCGGCUGGACGCGCUCAACGCGCCGGCGGAGAACGGCACUGUGUCGCAGCCCGAACCGAACACGCGGCUCUGGCAGGUGGACUCGGUGGUUCUGCCGUUCCUCGGGGGGUUCGGCCGGUAUCAGCGGCGGCUAGUGGCUCUGACGUGGAUCCCGGCGUUUCUCAUAUCUUUUAUCCAGUUCUCGGAUUACUUUCUGCUCGGGCAGCCGGAUUGGAAGUGCGUCAAUCCGGAUCAGGGGAACGGGACGGGUUCGGAUCGUGAUUUGCUCGUGGAUUUUCUCGGUAACGGAACCGAAACUGAGAACGGCCACGGCACGACAUGUAUGUGCUCCGAGUGGAGGUUUGAGCUGCAGUCGGGACUGCAGCAGAAUGUGGUCACCAAGUGGACGCUGGUGUGUGACGGAGAAUGGAAGGUGCAUAUCGCAAAGUUCUCUCUGUUGGUCGGAUCCAUAUUUGGUUACCUGCUGAUGGGCGCAAUGGCGGACUGGCUGGGUCGUAUCCCAGUGCUGCUGGUGUCGGUGUUGUCCGUGCUGGUGUUCGGGUUAGCCGUGGCGUUUUCUGUGGAUAUGGCGGUGUUCAGCACGCUACGAUUCUUCGAGGGCUUUUGUCUGGCAGCGAUCAGACUGUCGCUUUACGUCCUGAGGAUUGAGUUGUGUCUGCCUAACUGGCGUUUCUCCAUGACAAUGAUCGCCAGUCUGAUUAUCGUGGGCGGGCAGCUGCUGAUGCCUGGUUUGGCAGCGCUGUGUCGUGAUUGGCAGAUUUUUCAGAUUAUAAUCAUCGCCCCAUUUGUGCUGAUGCUGCCGUAUGUCUGGAUGUUUCCCGAGUCUCUUCGCUGGCUGUUAGCCACUCAACAUUACCAAAGAGCAAAGCAACAAAUGUACCGAAUCGCCCACAGCAACUGUGUAGACAUGGCAGCCGACCCGAGUGGCAUCCUCUUGGAGCUUGAGGUGGAACUCCAGCAGAAGCCAAAGACGUUUUGCGUAACGCAGCUCAGCAGCACCCGAAACCUGUGGAAGAACACAGUCGUGUUGUGCGUUAACUCGUUGACUGGCUACGGCAUCCAUCACUGUUUUGCACGCAGUGUUUUGGAGGGCAGCGCGACUCAUCUGCACUAUUAUGCAUUAGCGGCGAUCGCGAUAGCAUCCUGUAUGGUAUUGUUUCCCGUGGUGGGCGGGUUUGGUAGGAGAGGUGGACUCCUCACCUUUAUGAUCAUCACUGCGCUGGCAUCACUGCUGCAACUCGGACUGCUCAACUUAAUUGGAAAGUACAGUCUCCGACAUGAUGAAGUUCUGAGAGACACUCUGAAUCGGCGGUUCUCAUAUGCAUUCUCAAUCAUCGGGAUGUUCUCGUCUCAUGCUGUCAGCACGCUCAGCAUCUUUUACUGUGCUGAGAUAACACCAACUGUCAUCAGGGGCGGCGGUGUCGGUCUGGUCUUGGCGAGCGCAGGUUUCGGCAUGUUAACUGCACCCCUCAUGGAGCUUCACAAUCAGAAAGGUUUCUUUCUUCAUCAUGUGAUCCUCACCUGCUGCACGCUGUUAUGCAUCAUUUGCAUACCGUUGCUCCCGGAGACUGCUGGCCAACCGCUGCCUGAGACGAUCGCUGAAGGGGAGGGGCUACUGCGUCGGCCGAUCCUCCCUGGAGAGCAGCACCACCUAUUGGCCAGGACAGAAGUCAGAGAGUACUCACGCGUUCAGGAUACGCCCCUUCACCAAGCCGUCAACCCUGGCAACGGCUUGGUGCCGAGCAACAGCACAGCCAAUGGUGUGAGGUCUUCAUGACGUUAUGCGAUUGAAAGCCAGCGAAGGCCAAACGAUGAACAAUUACAGCGAUCUGAUUGAUCGUAAAUAACAAACAUAAUGAUGAUAAAAUUAAGCUUUUCUUUUAUAUGUUUUGAAAAAAUGGAUUGCAAAUAACAGAACAUUAAUGUUCUCUGUAUAAAGUGUCAAAUGCUCAUUAACCAGCAUCGGUAAAGAUUGCCAUUGUAGAAAGUGAAAAUAUUAUUGUAACUUUCAUUCCUUGAAAGGAAUUCUAUUUUUUGAACAACCACUAGCUAAAUAUAACGUCGACCAAACAACAACCUCGUUGAGGAAUUUAACUGAUUUUAAUAUGUUUUUUGUAUGUUGGGUAAAUGAUGUGUAUUUAUUAAGGACAGAAUGAUGCUGACAGUAAGAAAAUUUGGGUUUCAUUCAUUAAACGCAAGCAAACUAAUUUCUGUGUAAAUCGUUCGUAUGGAUUUAAAAAAUGAAUGCAACAUUAAAUUGAAUACAACAAUUUACAUCAGAAUGGUUUUAAGAACCAAACUGAACACUGAAUUAAAUGCGACAAUUUACGUCAGAAUUGUUUUACGAACCAAAUGUAACACUAAAUUAACGCAACAAUUUAGGACGAAAUGGUUUUACGAACCAAACAGAACAUUGAAUUGAAAGCAUCAAUUUACUUCUAAAUGGUUUUACAAAGCAAAUAACACAAUGAAUUGAAAGUGACAAUUUACGUCAGAAUGAUUUUAUGAACUAACUAAAUGUAACACUGAAUUAACGCAACAAUUUACGUUUAAAUGGUUUUAUGAACCAAAUGUAACACUAAAUUGAAUGCAUCAAUUUAUGUCGGUAUUGUUUUACGAACAAACUGACACUGAAUUAACGCGACAAUUUACAUCAAAAUGGUUUUACGAACCAAAUGCAACACAGAAUUGAAUGCUCAAUUUACAUCAGAAUGGUUUUAUGAACCAAAUGGAACACUGAAUUAAACGUGACAAUUUACGGCAGAAUUGUUUUACGAAUGAAAUGGAAUACUUAAUUGAAUGCCUCAAUUACAUCAGAAUGGUUUUACGAACCAAAUGGAACACUGAAUUGAAUGUGUUAUUUACGGCAGAAUAAUUUUACGAACGAAAUGGAAUACUUAAUUGCCUCAAUUACAUCAGAAUGGUUUUACGAACCAAAAUAAACAAGGAAUUGAAAGUAACAAUUUACGUCUAAAUGGUUUUACGAACAAAUAAACAAUGAAUUGAAAGCGACAAUUUACGUCAGAAUGGUUUUACGAACCAAAUGCAACACUGAAUUGAAUGCUUCAAUUUACGUUAGAAUGGUUUUACAAACCAAAUGGAACACUAAAUUAAAUGCAACAAUUUACGCCAGAAUGGUUUCAUGAACCAAAUGGAACACAAUGCAUCAAUUUAUGUCAAAAUGGUUUUACGAACCAAAUACAACCAAUGUUGGGUAAGUUAUUAAUUACUAACUACUAAUUACAUCUUCUACAGUGUAAUUAGAUUACUGUACUAAUUACUCUGUCUGAAAAGUAAUUGCAUUACUUAUUACUAAUUACUUUCUAAAACCCUUAUCAACCUCGACCAGAUGAAAAUAUAAGGAUAGGCAUUAAAUUGUUCUUAUAAUUCUUUUAAAUAAAUCAUAUAAAAUGAAAUAAAUUAUUCAUGAAUUGGCCAAAGAAUUUAAGGGGGAAGCGUUAAAUUAGAAAACAUAUAUUUAAACAUUAGACAUUCAAUUUUUACUUUAAAUUCACUAUAGUUUUAUAUAAAAUUGUUCUAUAAUCUAUACAGCAUUUAACACAAUUACAUCAGUAGUAAAUGUAAAUUACUGAAAAAUUAAGAGUAAUCUCUUAACUUUUUUCAAUGAAAAAGUAAUGUAAUUAUUUAGUAAUGCAUUACACCCAACACUGAAUGCAACACUAAACUGAAUGCGUCAAUUUAUGUCUGAAUGGUUUUACAAACCAAAUACAACACUGAAUUUAAUGUGUUACUUUAUAUUGGAUUAAUUUUACGAACCAUAUGGAAUACUACAUUAAAUGCAACAAUUUAAAUAAGAAUACAUUUAUGAACAAAAUGCAACACUGAAUUAGGGCUGGGUAAAAAGAUUGAUUCUUGAAAUUCCAAGAUGAAGCUUUUACUUUUACUUUAAAGUUUACUUCCGUUUCGGCUAGUUGUGUUGAUUAUAUUAUCUGUAAAUAAAAAGGAGUUGAACAGCAUAGUUUGGGCCACGUCGUACAUUUUUUUAAUUUAUAUUUUUGUAAUGUACCAAGUUAAAAGGUUCCCUGUAAAAUGUAAAUCUCUUUCAUAUGAAAGCAAAAUGAACAUUAUAACUGAAAUAUGUUAAAAUUAAUUAAAUCGUAUCGAAAUAAAAAAAGAAAUGGAUUGAGAGCUUGUGAAUCGAAAUCGAACUGAAUCUGGAAAUUUACACAGAAAACUGUUAUGCCCGUGUUUCAUAAAUGAGACCCAGUGUGUAUGUUGGCACCUUACAAUGUUCAGGUUUUUUAGUCCGUCUGUUUUGCACUAAAUCUAGAAAAAGCAAUCAUGAAUUGGCCAGAUGAAUCUGUAAUGUUUUCUAGUCUGUAUGAAAACACGACUACACAGAUGACGGCUGUUUAGGGGGAAAAAACACAGCACAACUUAACGGUCUGCUCUUAAGAUGCCAAAAUUCACAAAUCCAUCUGUUACAGGUUACUGCAACACAAUUGUGCGCUUGAACAUUUAGGUGAACAGUUAUCGUUCAGUUACUGUUAGGGUGAAUCUCAUGAAAAUGUGUAGAACAUGUCCAGGUGAUGUCACCCCAAAAUCAAAAGAUAUAAAUUACAUUUUGAACAAAGAAAAUGAAGCCUAUUUAUAUGCCUUCAGGCUAAUUUCAAAACAUUGUUUUACACCAUUUUUUUAUGGUAAUACAGAAAAUGUCUGUAAUACAGUAAUGAGAAUCUAAUGCCAUUGAGAAUAAUGACAGUUACAAACUCAAAACUGUGUUUAAUUGUCAUGACAAUAAUGUCACAGUGCAAAUAUACGUUUCUAUGUAUAUUCUAAAAAUAGGCUUCAUUUAAUUUAUGCAAAAUCUAAAAAAAAUCGUCCUUUCGAUUUUUAGGGCAAUAGAUGAACCGGACAUGUUUUCAUGAGAUUCUACCAUUUACAUGUUGGAAAUUUAUAAAUGUGAACAGGAAAUUAUGCAGAGCAUGAUCAAUAGAAGGGCUGUUGAGUGUUUUCAUGUAUAUUUAGCAUUACUAUUAAUGUGUAGAAUAGCAUUAGAGUAACUUGAACGUCACAAAACUCCUGUUAAUCCUUAAACUUCUGAACAAGGAACUGAAUUUUAAGGGGGAAAAAUGUCUCCCAACCUAUUUGAUGACUAAAUCUCCAGGUUCUAAACUGUGUACAGACAUUGUGUGUAAAUAAAGAGGUGAAUGAGACUCA